UUCUGGAACCCUUUUUAUGUAUAUAUUUGUGUAUCCACGUUUUCAAAAUCUCUUACUUCGACAUCAGUGGAAUAUGUGCUUGUUUAUUAAAUGAAUAUUUGUUAAAAUCAGCAAUUUAUGCGAACUUUUUAAAAUUCAUUUUUGCUUUUCAUCCGCUGGAUUAAUUUGAAAAUCGUGUUUUUUUUUUUUUUUAAACUUCUGUUUCGUUUUUGUUAUUUUGGGGGCCCUGCUGCUGUGAUUUUUUUUUUUAAAUUUUUUUUUUUUUUUAUGUUUUCUAUUUUUAACUCUUUAAAUGGAGACGCUAACGCUAUCACGUUUGGAAUUAAGAAAAGAUAAAGAAGCCUGUGCUACAGUGACCUGCAACCCUUUCGUGCAUGAAGUGACUGUAACAAACAGGCAGAAAGUGAAGGUGGCGCUGCUGGGCACAGUGCUCUUCCCAGUCCGAAUGCUCCUGACAGUCGUAGUCUUUCUGAUCCUUUGGCCAAUCAGCCGGCUCCGAUUUUUGGGGUUGAGUAAGGAGCAGAUCUCCCAGCCAAUCAUAGGCUGGAGGUGGUGGUUUCUUGAGGCGCUGGCUUGGACACUGUGCAGGGUCCUCUUCUUUGUCCUGGGCUUCAUGAGGGUAAAGGUCAGGGGUCGAAUGGCUCCGCCCACUGAAGCUCCAAUCCUGGUGGUGGCGCCGCACUCCAGCUUCCUGGAUGCCGUCGUCAUGGUGCCGUGCGGCCUUGUCACAGUGAUGUCACGCGCAGAGAAUCUGAACAUUCCAAUUGUGGGAGACCUGUUGCGGUUCAACCAAGCCAUCGUUGUGUCCAGACAAGACCCAGAAUCCCGCAGGAGCUGUGUGGAGGAGCUCAAGAAGAGAGUGUCCGCUCGUGGCCAGUGGUCUCAGAUCCUUAUUUUUCCGGAGGGGACUACAACAAAUGGAACUGCUCUUAUCAAAUUCAAAGCAGGGGCUUUUAUUGUUGGAGUCCCAGUCCAACCUGUGAUUAUACGAUAUCCAAACAAACUGGAUACGGUCAGGUGGACCUGGAAAGGAAUAAACAUUAUACAGGUGCUGUGGUAUACCCUCUCUCAAUUCUACACCUCUGCUGAGAUCGAGUUCCUACCUGUUUAUACUCCGACCCAGGAAGAGAAAGAUAACCCCGCCCUGUUUGCCAGCAAUGUUCAGAAGACAAUGGCGAGGGCUCUGGGUGUGCCUGCCACAGAGUUUGAGUUUGAGGGGAGGGUACCAGUGACUCGGGUUGGUCUGCUCAAACUCCCAGUCCAGCCAGGAGCCAGAGUGAUAGAGACACGGCUGCAGAAGACUGGUGCUGGGAUGCAGGCAGUGCUGAACGGGAUGGGAGGGCUGGUUGAAGAGUGCCGCCGGCUCCCUGCACACAGACUCACCCCGGAGCAGUGCGCUGAGCUCCUGAACCUGCCAGCCAGCCAGCCUGACACACACGCGCUCUUCACUUCCUACUGCCAGGGCUCAGAUGGUUUACUGGACCCGAGGGAGUUUGUAUUGGGGAUGCUGGCUGUGGAUAAAACGUGGAGCGUCGAGAGAGUUUUGGAACUGGCUUUCACAUUCUUUGACACGGGGAGUAAAGGCUGGCUGUGCGAAGGAGAGUUCUCCAGAUUGCUUCAGGCUUUGUUGAGCUGCCCUGAACUCGAUGUGUUGCCGAUUAUUGAAGAAACAAACAUGAGAGAGAAAUCUGAGCUGCUAUUGGAAGAGCUUCAGGAUUUAUUCAAAUCCAAACAGAACUUCAAAAGUUUGUUUACUUGCUACUUAAGACCAGAAGGGGAGGAACAGGAGAAGACCACACCUCUUCCCAAUGGGAGAGGACAUACUUCAAAUGGGGUGGGGCUAACUGGGAAGGCCUCAUCCAAUGGAAUUGCCUCAUCCACUAAGAAGUGGGACUGAAAAGUGAAUGUUAUUAUUAUUUUUUUUUUUAAUCUAUUUUUGGAUUGAUUCUCCUGUCUCUGGAUAUAGAGGAUAUAUCUCAAAGUAUUCAACCAUGGUAUAUUUGUUGCUCCCAACUCGAAUCUUUUCCUUAAACUGUUUGAAAUCAGACUCGUUCACUUCAAUCAACAACAGAGAUUAGUUUCAGCCCAGCUAGGAUUGCGGACAGGCAGAACUCGAUGUCUCCUCACUGAUGGGGGAAGCUAUCUUAGUCCAAUGUGAAGGGAGACAGAGGCAAGAAUAAAGACAUCAGCACCAUGGAUGGGUAACCCAUUCCACCCCCUCGCCCCUCUGUGUGAAGAAGAGUCUCCGCUCUGUCCUAUAGCUCCGUAUUCCAGCUGUGUGGUCCUCGUUUCUGUGCUACACUUAGUGUUGGUUCAGGUUCACUUUUACAGGAAGGAUGUGACUAUAUUGUGGGCGUAGGGGGGUGCCUGUCUGUGCAUCUGUGUGUCACAUUUCUUUUUGUGUAUAUAUCUGGAAAGCGGUUUAUUAAAUUGUGAUGAAACUUGGUAUUAACUUUUAUUAAAUUAUUGGGAUUAUGGGCAUGUAUGGAAGUGUCUCUGUCUCUUACCCGAGUGCUUUGCCCCAUUGCAAAGCAUCUUUUUAAAAAUGCGCGAAAGCAUAAACGGCACAAAAUAAAUAAAUAAGAUAAAUUACAAAAAUAGAUAAGUCAAGUAGAUCAAAACACUGCUAUUUGUAAGUCAAGUUGUAAGGCUAGGUUAUAAAAGUUUUUAAUCUUGAAGUUUUCCAAUUUUGCAGGCUUAAAGACAAAUUCGGUUCACAUGUGGUAAACCAUAAUAAAAAAUAAAAUAUUUUGAUUAUUUCCCUUUUUUUAUUUUUACACUUCUAUACAGACUCCUAUUAUUUUGUACGUAGGUAUAUUGUAUUUUAAAAGACAUGGUGUAAUUUUCCACCCUUGUGAUGUCACCAUUUCCCCAGUCCUCUGUUACUUUGAAUACAUUUAGCCAGACUGCUCUGUUAAUUUCUGGUACAGUUAUUAUAUACAAAGAAAUUUAUAAAGGUAUUUUGUAUGUAUUU